AUGUUUGGAGGUCAGUCUUCUAGAAAUGCAGUCCGGAGGGACGUGUUAUCAGCUGAAGACGUUAAACUGCGGAUGGACGAAUUCUUAGAGGAAUGGCUGAAGAAUUCGUCCGACCAUCUCUCUUCGUUAUUGAUUGAGAAGAGGAUACUGGAGUUUAAAUCUUCUAUGGAGUGUUUUAUUCAUCACCUUGAUGGAAGAAGAUCCUCCCAUGAUAGCGUGUUCAAGUUCACAAGAAAUUUUAACGCCAAACGAUUUCGCUUCUUGAUCAGGAGAGAAUGCAGACGGCUAGAGGAUGGUUUGCCACUAUAUGCUUUUCGUGGAGAAAUACUUCGACAUCUUAAAUCUCACAAGGUAAUGGUCCUAAUAGGAGAGACUGGCUCUGGAAAAAGUACCCAAUUAGUUCAAUAUCUUGCGGAUUCAGCAAUUGGGUCCAUCGUCUGUUCACAACUACGAAGGAUUGCGGCUGUCUCAUUAGCCAAAAGGGUUAAAGAAGAGACUUACGGGUGUUAUGAAAACAGUUCUUCUUCUAUCGUCUCCUGCCUUGCCUAUUCAUCGGAUCACGAAAUAAGUAAUUCAAAGGUGAUAUACAUGACAGAUCAUUGCCUAUUACAGCACUACCUGGAAGAUAAUUCGUUAUCAGGGAUUUCAUGUAUCAUUAUAGAUGAGGCUCAUGAAAGAAGUUUGAAUACUGACCUUCUAUUAGCAAUGGUUAAAAGCUUAAUCUCUCGAAGACAGGAUUUAACGCUUAUCGUAAUGUCUGCAACCGCCGAUGCGAAGAAGCUUGCUAAGUACUUUGGUUGUGGAACCUUUGAUGUCAUUGGAAGAAAUUUUCCAGUUGACAUAGAGUAUGUCCCUGGUGUAUCUUCUGCAAACAAGCUGGAUGUUUCUGAUGUUUUGAAGGCGGUGUCUGAGAUCCACAGAACAGAGGCAGAUGGUGCCAUUCUUGUAUUCUUGACAUCUCAGACGGAAGUCGAAUGGGCCAGUGAAACAUUCCAGGCUCCUAAUACAGUUACAUUGCCUUUGCAUGGCAAGCUAUCAUUUGAAGAUCAACAUCGCAUCUUUCUUGACUACCCCCAAGGGAAAAGAAAGGUGAUAUUUUCCACUAAUGUUGCUGAGACAUCUUUGACAAUUCCUGGAGUGAAGUAUGUUGUAGAUUCUGGGAUGAUGAAGCUGAGAAGAUUCGAACAUGGUACAUGUAUGAAUGUUCUCAAAGUUUGCAGUAUAAGUCAGAGUUCUGCAGAACAACGGGCUGGUCGUGCUGGGAGAACAGCUCCUGGAAAAUGUUACCGAUUGUAUUCGAAAGAUGACUUUGAACAGAUGCCUCCUCACCAGGAACCGGAGAUUUGUAGAGUUCAUCUUGGAAUUGUAGUUCUAAGAAUAAUUGCCAUGGGUGUAAAAGAUGUAUUGAGUUUUGAUUUCAUUGAUGCACCUAAUGCUGAUGCAAUUGACAAGGCCAUUCAGAAUUUAAUUCAGCUGGGAGCUGUUGUUUCGAUAGAAGAAGGGCUGUUGGAAUUAACAGGGGAAGGAAAGAAAUUGGUUCGAUUGGGAAUUGAGCCUAGGUUAGGUAAAUUAAUUCUGGAAUGCUUCUACAAUAAUUUGGGGAAAGAGGGUCUAGUUCUUGCUGCUGUCACUGCAAAUGCAAGCAGUAUAUUCUGCAGAUAUGGUAACGAAGAAAAUAAACAUAAAUCUGAUCGCUACAAGGUAAAAUUUUGUCAUCGUGAUGGAGACCUUUUCACUAUGCUUGCUGUUUACAAGGAAUGGAAGGCGGUACCUUUGGAAAGAAGAAGCAAGUGGUGUUGGGAAAAUAGUAUAAAUGCCAAGUCCAUGCGAAGAUGUGAUGACAUGAUUUUGGAACUAGAAAUUUGUUUGAGAAAAGAAUUUGGUUUUAUUAUUCCAAAUUACUGGUGUUGGAACCCUCAUGUGCCUAGUGAAGACGUUGACAAAUAUCUGAAAAAAGCUAUAUUGUCUUCACUGGCAGAGAACGUCGCCAUGUAUUCUGGGCACGAUAGACUUGGUUAUGAGGUGGCUUUAACUGGUAGGCAUGUCCAGCUUCACCCUACUUCUUCACUACUAGUCUUCAGUCAAAAGCCAAGUUGGAUAGUUUUUGUUGAAAUUCUAUCUUCUGCAUCUACUCAUCAGUUUUUAGUCUGUGCAACAGCUGUUGACUAUGAAGAUUUCUCUACCAUUUCCCACCCUUUUUUGUUUGAUGCCUCCACCAUGCAACAUCACAAACUUCAACAAGCGGUUCUGAAUGGCUAUGGAAGCACCUCACUUAGGAGGCUUUGCGGAAAGUUUACCAGUUACCUUGUUUAUAUUGUUUCAUCAGUAAGAAAAACGUUCAUGGAUGAGCGCAUUGGUAUUGAAGUUAAAGUUGAUCAGAACGCUAUUCAUAUAUAUGCUCCUUCGCAACACAUGGAGAACGUCUGCAACAAAGUGAAUACUUUGUUAGGGUAUGAAAGGAAGUGGCUGCAAAACGAAUGUUUUGUGAAAUUCUUGUACCCUAAAGGCAGCAAUCUUAAGGCCAUGCCUCCCUUUGCAUUAUUUGGUUCUGGAGCUGAUAUAAAACAUCUAGAGCUUGAAAGAAAAACAUUGUCAGUUGAUGUGUUCUGUUCAGAUGCAAAUGUUGGAAACAAUAACAAGAAGCUUUUGAUGUUUUUAGAAGAUAAUACUCCUAUAUCAUCAGGAAUUUGUUCUGUGCAGAGAGACAAUAUUGCUAGUACUAGUGCACAGGAGGAUAAAAGGACAAGGUGGGGUAAGAUUACGUUUCUUACUCACGAUGCUGUUGAGGAAGCUGUUGUGUUAAGUCCGGUGACACUCGAUGGUGCCGUUUUUGAGAUAGUUCCUUCAAUGAGCGGUUCUGCAGCUAUGUACUCAUUUCCUGCCAUCAGAGUGACUCUAAAUUUCCCCCGUCGACGCAGUCAGGGAUUUGCAGUAGUCAAAUGCGAUCCGGGGGAUGUUCUUCCAUUCGUAGAUGUUGUAAGAAAAUCACUAUUUUAUGGAAGAACCAUAUAUUGUGAACCUAGCAUCAAGUCCAAUGAUGGUGUCGUGAUUAAAGGACUUGAUCUGGGACUCUCUGAAGAGGACAUUUUAGAUGGGUUGAGGAUGAUGACUGACAUUAGAAUCCUAAAUUUAAUCUUGCUUAGAGAGAAAGCAGAAGAUAAACUUAAGUGGGUAGAUUGUGAAGACGCACUUUGCAAAGAAUUCACCAAACUCAUACCCAGACGAACUCAUGUUCUUGUCCAGGUUUCGGAACCACAUUCUGCGGAUGCUUUCAUGAAAGCUGUUGUGACAUUUGAUGGAAGUUUACAUUUGGAGGCAGCCACAGCCUUGGAGCAAAUUGAAGGAAAAGUUUUGCCUGGCUGUCUCCCUUGGCAAAAGAUUAAGUGUCAUCAAUGGUUUAAUAGCUCACUGUCCUGCAACAUCCUUAUUUACCGGUCUAUCCAGAAGCAAUUGACUUCUGUACUUGAAAGCUUUCAUCAUAAGAGAGGUGUUUAUUGUAGCGGUAAGAGAAAUGAUAAUGGUUCUUAUAAAGUGAAUAUUUCUGCCAAUGCCACGAGAAAGGUGGCAGAAUUACGUCGUCCACUUGAAGAACUAAUGCGAGGGAGAAUGGUAGUUCAUGACAGCCUUACUCCUGCAGUGGUACAGUUACUCUACUCGAGGGAAGGGGUUGUGUGCUUGAAUUCAAUAAUGGAUCAGACGGGCACGUAUAUUCUUUUUGACAAAAAUCGACAGUGCAUACUCAUAUUCGGUGGCAGUUCUAAGGUGCAAGUGGACGACGCUGAACAGAAGAUUAUCGGAUCUCUGUUAGAAAUGUACUCGGGGAAAGAAUUAGAAAUCCAUCUCCGAGGAGCAGAAUUACCUCCAGACCUGAUGAAACAAGUGGUAAAGAAGUUUGGUCCGGAUCUUAUCGGAUUGAAGGAGAAAAUACCCGAGGCAGAGGGCUUUACUCUAAACGCUCGUCUCCAUAUCAUCUCCGUGCAUGGAAACAAGGAACAGAAAGAGAGAGCGGAGAUGAUCAUUCACGAAAUCAUCGCACAAACAGCCGGUCUGGACGAGCAGGAGGAGGAGGUGGUCGGAUGUCCAAUCUGCUUGUGCAAAGUAGAAGACACGGAUGCCUACAAGUUAGAAGACUGCGGUCACCUCUUCUGCAGGACAUGUUUGGUUGAGCAGUGCAGCUCAGCCAUUCGAAACCGAGGAGAAAGUUUUCCCGUGCGCUGUAUGUUUGCGGGUUGCAAAUCCCGUUUCCUACUCACAGACUUAAGAGCGUUAUUGACUACUCAUGAUCAUCCUCAUCAGCUGGACGAACUUUUUCGUGCAUCCAUGGCGACCCACGUGGCGGCAAGUGGUGGAAAGCUGAGGUUUUGCCCGUCCCCGGAUUGUCCAUCUGUUUAUAGAGCUGCGGCGGAGGAGGACGAGGAUGAGGCUGUAUACGUGUGCGGUGCGUGUUAUUGGGAGACAUGUAGGAGGUGUCAUUUGGAGUAUCAUCCUUCUAUCAGCUGCAAGGAUUAUAGGGAGUACAAGGAGGAUCCUGAUUCUUCUUUGAGAGAGUGGACCAAAGGAAAAGAAAACGUCCAAAACUGUCCAAAUUGCAAUUAUACGAUCGAGAAGACCGAUGGAUGCAACCAUAUGCAGUGCGUAUGUGGUGCACAUGUGUGUUGGGUUUGUUUGGAACUCUUUGAGUCAAGUGAUGAGUGUUAUUCUCAUCUCCGAUCCAUUCAUCUCUCUAUUAUCUAA